UUCACCUUUGCAGCACAGUGUGCCCGUAGGGGAAUCGCAGAAAUGGCAUCGCUGUUGAAACUUUCCACGGCCCUACAGCGCCAGACGUUGCUGACUGGAAGCCGCGCCGGAUCAUCGUAUGCGGCCGCUUUUCGCUCCGCACUGUCGAACGAACCCGCUACGGAGGUAACCACACUGGACAGCGGCUUGCGCGUAGCCAGUGAAUCCGUGCCAUCGCAGGUGGCCACCGUUGGACUGUUCAUCGAUGCCGGAGCUCGUUACGAGGACAAGAACAACAAUGGUGCUGCAAACUUCUUCGAACAUGUAGCGUUUAAGGGAACGACCAAACGAUCGCAAUCUGCGCUGGAGCAGGAGGUGGAAAACAUGGGGGCGCAACUGGAUGCGCACACCGGCCGUGAUCAUACUAGCUUCACCGCCCGCUGUCUCUCGAAGGACGUUCCAAAGCUUGUCGAGAUCCUGGCUGAUGUUGUACAAAACCCGAAACUCGACGAUGCGGAUGUGAAGCGCGCUCGUGAAUUGAUCCUGGGCGAGAUCGAGCAAGUGGAGAGCUGUGGAAUGCGCGAAGUCGUUUUCGAUCAUCUACACUCCACCGCUUUCCAAGGAACGUCGCUCAGUAACACUGUUUGGGGCCCGAGCAGCAACAUCCGCUCGAUCAAGGCCGGUGAUCUUAAAGGAUACGUCGAUACGCACUUCAAGGCACCACGUAUGGUGUUGGCCGCUGCCGGAGACGUUCGUCAGACCGACCUGGAAAAACUGGCCGAGAAGUACCUUUGCAAAGUGGAGUCAACGUUUGAUGGCAAGUCACCGCAACUGUCGGCGGUCCGUUUUACCGGAUCAGAAAUGCGCGUUCGCGAUGAUUCCCUGCCCCUGGCCCAUGUUGCGGUCGCAGUGGAAGGCUGCGGAGCGUCGAGUUCGGAUGUCCUUGCGCUUUCCGUGGCGAGCGCACUGAUUGGAACGUGGGACCGCACGUUCGGUGGUGGUGUUAACAACGCUUCGAAGCUUGCCGUCGCCUCCGCCCAUGACAAGUUGUGCCACAACUACGAAUCCUUCAACCUGAACUAUCGCGACACCGGCCUGUGGGGUAUUUACUUCCAGUGCGACCCGCUGCAGUGUGAGGAUAUGCUGUUCAAUGUGCAGAACGAAUGGAUGCGCCUGUGCACGAUGGUUACCGAGGGAGAGGUCGAGCGUGCAAAACGCCAGCUGAAGACGCGUCUGUUGGCCCAGCUGGAGGGACCCCAAGCGAUCUGCGAGGACAUCGGUCGCCAGGUGCUGCUGCUAGGUCGCCGUGAAGCACUGCACGAUCUGGAGCGACGUAUCGACAACGUAACGGCCGCAAAUGUGCGCGACGUGUCGAUGAAGUACAUUUUCGAUCGCUGCCCGGCCGUGGCCGCUGUUGGACCGGUGGAGAACCUGCCGGACUACAUGCGCAUUCGCUCGUCCAUGUCCUGGACCCGACUGUAAGCGAUUUAGCUGAAAGCGAUAUUGCAAUACAGCGUUAUCAUGUAGCAGUCAAAUAAAAUAUAUGUGUU